AUGCUUAUGUCAAGCACAACUUCGGUCGCGGCCCUCUUCAUAGCACCGCACGUUGAAAACGAAGAAUUCGAACACGUUGUGGAGCUAGCGUGCGGUCACAUCCUAUGCAAGAAAGACGAUGAUAAGGCGACGGGUGCCAGAUGCGGGCUAUUAGGCAGCAACAGUCUCUUCUCCAGUCUCUUCUCCAAUCUUUCGAUCUACGAAGCCACUCGGUGCCCGAUUUGCGAAUCCAAUCUGCUUGCCAACAGAAACGUCGGAAGCGAACACGAAUUCGGUGGGGUUCCAAAAAAGCACACAACGGUAGCCAAAAGUGGAGAGCUGUGGGGUCCCGAGAGAUAG